AUGAACAACCUCCCACCACUUUACAAUGAUGGCAAUCGGGCCUUCCUGCAAGCCUUCGUGGCUCGCGGAACCCUUACGUUCAAAGAGGGGCAGACAAUUCUCGCCGAAAUAUUUACCAUCGAGGCCGAAGACCGCGAUCCCGUCUCCCCGGAGCAGGUCACCCAACAAGACUUCGAGUCUUACCUGGAAGCCGCCGCCGAAGCCGUUUCCUUCUUCGAUUACGAGGUCCGGAGCACCAUUCACCAAGUCUCCAAGAAACGCGUCUAUGCCCUUGUGAACACGGCUUCCGACCCGAUGACGCAGCUCGCAACUACAUAUAAUGCCGAACAGAUCGCCUUCACCAAGAGGCUACUCGAUGCCAUGUUCGAGACGUACAACUCCCCGCGUAUGGAGCUCAUGUGCAUUACCGAGAUGCAGGCCAUCAAGCUUGCCCGCCCUCCGCGGCAGCAGAACAACAACGACGUCAAUGAGAAUGGAGCACCGACUCAGACACAAUCUUCGACGGAUAAGGGACUCAAGCACAGCGAAGUGGAAGACAUGCUUGUGAACCUGGUGAACCAGGGCUGGCUGGAAAAGUCCAACAAUGGGUUCUACAGCCUCAGCCCCCGAGCACUGCUCGAGCUUAGGGCGUGGCUGAUUGACUCUUACAACGACCCCGACGCGGCAGCGCAGGAAUGGCAGCGCAUCAAGUUCUGCGAGGCGUGCAAGGGAAUCGUCACCGUCGGGCAAAGAUGCGCAGAGAGGGAUUGUAACGCGCGCUUACACCACAUAUGCCAGGACGCAUACUGGCGAACGCAGCGUAGCCACAAAUGCCCCAGAUGCUCGAGAGACUGGGACGGUAAACACUACGUGGGAGAGGAGGCAGAGACCAGUACAGAGGCCUACCAAAGGGGCCGCCGUAGGAGUGGAGGCAGGAAGGGCAGCAUGGCAGAUGAAGACGUGCAAGGAAAUGGCGGGGAUGAAGACAGGGAGGAUGAUGCAUGA